GCAUAAAAAAGAUAGGGAAAGUUACUGUAAAAGAAGCAAACUUCAGAAGAGAGAAGGACUUUUUAGUGCAAGCUGUGCACCUAAGGAGAGCAUAAGACAGUUUCAGGGAGUUUUUCAUCUGAGGUUUGAGUACAUUUUCCUUCUGUGACAUACAUAGGAGUAAAUUGACCUUUUGGGUGAUUAUAGGUAUAAAAAACAUUGUUACGUGAAGUCUUUUUAGAAAGUGAAUAUAAUGAGGGGUAUGGAUAAUAUCAAACAGAUUAUACAACUGCCUGUUAGCUUAAUAAUGAGAACGGUUGUGUUUAGCAGCAUUUUAUGAGUGGUGUUUGUCUUGUGCAGUGUAGUACUAAUUCAUAUGAAGUAUUAUUAUAGCCAGCUCUGACAUGAAGUGGAACUUUGACUUGACUUUACGUAAAACAACAAUCUCUGAAUAACCAGAUUUGCAACUCGGGGUAUUUUCAGCCCAUGUUUUGGGAACGUACACAGGAAAGUCCGCUUAUGUAACAGCACAGAACUUGGAAACAGGACUAUUCCCACUUGUUGGUGUGCUAGACAAAGUGUGUGUAACUAUGCAGCUGUGAAGAAAAUAUUGAGAAUGUGGAUCUAGAUUUACUUGUAAGAUCUUUUAAAAAUUAUUUUGGAGCUAGCAUUUCAUAAUUUACUUGUAAAGCUGUUAAAGCCAUGCUUGCAAAUCUGUGAUCGCUGCUCCCAGGGUGAUUGCAUCCGCGGGCUGGAGGAGAGCAAUGUGCUGGAAGGACAGACAGACAGAGGGACGGCCAAGACAGGCAGCUGCUGCAGCACGCCGGGAGUUGUGUCUGUGAGCAGGCAUGCUGGGAGUGCGAGUCUUUCCACUUUACUUCCUGUCUGCAAUGGCCUCCUGAUGUAAGGCAGGACCUGUCUGGCGCUUCCAAUUGGGGAGGGUGGUGGAAGAAUAAGAAACAAUAUGAAACCUCCACAAAGUGUCUGUUUUUUCAAGAACCUGCUUUCCAGUUUCUACUGUACUGGUCAGCUUCACAAUUCCCAUCUUUCUUCUGUUGCAAAGAAGAUGAGUUGUGUGAUGAGGCUGCACAGCUGUGGAUUUUGGAGGCCAGAUUCUUUGCUGGACACGGCUAGAUUCAGUCUGGCAUUUCAUGGUUGGCUUAGGAAGAAGCAUCAGGACUCUCGAGCAUUGUGGAAGCAUGAGGCUGUGCAGAAGUAUCUGGAAACUCUAAGCAAGGAAUACCAGCAGGUUAAUAGUCUGCUAAAUGCUGAUUCAAAAAAUGAAUUUGAGCAAAGGACCCUGAGGAGAAGAAGUGCUGAUCUAUCCCCAGUUGCAACUGCAUUUCAAGAAAUCAAAGAGGCUGAAGGCGAGCUCCGGGAAUUAGAAACCAUGUGUAGAGAGCUAGGCAGCAGAGAAGAGAAGCAACUGCUAGAGCUUGCCUUAGAAGAGAAGGAAACCCUCAAUAAAAAAAUCAACACGCUGUGCAGAAAGCUUUUCCAGCUUCUAGUGCCAAAGGAGAAGUAUGAUAAAAGUCAUGUUAUAUUAGAAGUGACAGCUGGCAGAACAACUGGAGGUGACAUCUGCCAACAGUUCACUAAAGAAAUGUUUGAGAUGUACCAGAACUAUGCGGACUAUAAAUGCUGGACCUUUGACAUUCUGAACUACGUGCCAGCUGAGAUAGGUGGGUUGCAUCAUGCAGCUGCUCAUAUUUCAGGAGAUGAUGUCUACAGGCAUCUGAAAUAUGAAGGAGGGACUCACAGAGUCCAACGAAUCCCUGAGACCGGACUGUCAUCGAGAAUGCAGCGUAUUCAUACGGGGACAAUGUCAGUUAUUGUGCUCCCUCAGCCAGAGGAGGUUGAUGUUAAAGUGGAUCCCAAAGAUCUGCGUAUAGACACAUUCCGGGCCAAAGGAGCAGGAGGGCAACACGUCAACAAAACUGAUAGUGCUGUGAGGAUUGUACAUCUUCCCACAGGGGUGGUGGUUGAGUGCCAGCAGGAGAGAUCGCAGCAGAUGAACAAGGAAAUAGCUCUGAGGACGCUGAGAGCUAAGCUGUACCAGCAGAUCAUUGAAAAACAACUGAGUCAAGAGCAGAGUGCCAGGAAACUGCAGUUGGGAACGAGAGCCCAGUCAGAGAGAAUUCGUACUUACAACUUCACCCAGGACAGAGUCACUGACCACAGGAUCUCGUAUGAUGCACGCAAUAUCAAGGAAAUUCUGAGUGGGAAAGAGGAACUGGAUAAGUUAAUAAACAGGCUGCUGGAGUUUGCGGAGAUGGAGGCUCUCACAGAGUAUCUAGAAAAUCUGAGGUCCAUAGGAGGAGAAGGAUGCUGAAGACCUUGUGUGGAGCUAAAGCAGAACUGGGUUUGUAACUAAAUAAAAUGGACACACUUAUUGGAUGACUGAUUAAAACCUAUGCCUCUGUUUUUCAA